AUGAAGACAACUAAGCCACCACCACCAUCGGCCCAUUUGUCUUCAGGCUCCAAAUACCGUACAUCCCAGUUUGUAUCGCCCUAUAUUCCAUGGAAAUACCUUUUUAUAGGGAUAACCUUCGCUGUUCCUUUAUUUCUAUGGACCUUUUUGACGUCGCUUAAAUUUUUAUUUAUCAUCUCCACGAUUGUAUUUGUGUUUCUGGUGCUUCUGCUUGGUACCAUAGUCGUUUUUAGCGCUUCCAAACCCCGUUAUCGAGCCAGAGGGCGAAAAUUCAAUUUUUUACUGUCGCCUGAAUAUCAUCAACAAUUUAGCGACUCCCACCAAAUACCACAAAAUGACUCCAAUUCACCUAUCGGGCUCCUUUUGGACAAAUUGAUCACUUUGGUAGUCGACCAGUUCAUCGAGAGCUGGUACGAAAGCAUUUCGCCUUCAAAACGGUUUCCAUUGGCCAUCAGAAAUGAGCUUCAUCUAGUUGUGCGACGCUUUCAAGCCCGAAUUGCAUCUGUAGACCUCUCGGAUGUCAUUGUAAACCGCAUACUUGACAUUAUUCGAGAACACUUUACGUACUUUUGUCAGGCGGAAAACUUGGUCGAACUCAAGGGCAUUUCUUCUCGAAUAGCGAAAGAUUCGAAGGAGUACCAUCUAGCUGUGGCCCAGAAUUAUAAUAGGGGAAAGCUCCAUAAAGGAGUGAACAUAUCCGUUGAUGACCCCAGAAACUCAGGCUUGGACUUGCAAAAGGACCACUUGAGAAAAAAAGUAGCAGGUCUACUUCCAAUUCUCUUGUCGCAAAGUGAAGCUUCUUCAGAUUUAGUGGUGAGUUUAAUCCGUGAAAUACUUGCGUGCACGGUGCUCUCGUCAGUAUGUGAGGUGGUAGCCGAAAGUGAUUUCUUCAAUCUCUUAAUUGUCAACUUCAUUGGUGCUAAUUUGAGACGACGAGACCAGGUCAAGAAGUUACGAGCUGCAUUAGAAGAACAUACAAGAGGUGCAAAUAAAGCAAACAUUAAGCAAAACCCAAAACGACCAUUGAAGAGCGAUAUGAACGGCCAGACCGACAAAACUUUGAAGAGUGAUCUAAACGACCAAAAUGAAAGAACUUUCAAUGAUUUACUUGAAAAUUCAACCGACUUUUCUCAGGACUACGGGGUGGAGCUUGAUGACAUUCUUGGGUCUCCUAGAGCCCUUCAAGCGUUUAGAAGCUAUCUACUUGAGCAGGGCCGCAAAAAGCUUCUAGAUAUAUGGGAGCAGAUCGAGUCCAUCAAGUCUCCGCUUGAAGAUCAUGAGAACGCCGAUUUAUCGCUUUCGCUUGAAUUUUCAUCAACUGACGAUUUGACGAAAGCCUUUGAAAUGUUGAUCGGCUCUACUAUGGUGGUGGAUUCUGAGGAAUUGGAGUUGUUAUCACAAUAUAUUAACCAGAAACAAUUCAGCAAAGCUCGUCGAAUCUUGUUUCAGAUCCAAAGUACUCUUUUUGAUCUUUUGGCAGCAGAGGUGAACAUUUUCAUUCACAGCACCUACUUUCAUUUCAGCAUGCUCUCGCUGGACCACAAUGAGCUCGAGACCAAAGAGGACGAGCCAAUGGCUGCGCUCGAUAUGACAGACGACAUUGCGGAGAAAACUGAAGUCAGCCCUGUGGUAUUCCACGCAGUGGAAGAUGCGUUCAAUGAGAUCAUGAAGAGCUCCAAAGCAACCAACGAAGACCAGUUUUACUCUCAGAAAGAGGGUAGUGCUUCGUUCACUUCGCUUUUAGAAUCAGUGGAAGUUGGACCAAAUAUACCCACAGUUCCACUGACAUUGGCUUUGAAAAAAGGUCUCUUUGGUGACGACAAAGAUCUGACCUACGAAGAUUCUUCAUCAGCACCAACUGCUUCUCGUCUCUUUGAAGAUGCCAGCGAUACUUCUGAUUCCGAUAGCGACAUGGAUCCAUUAUCAGAUCGAGAAACCGAAUUGGGCGACCUGAAAGUGUUAUUUGCUGCACCAGGUAACCUCAAGCUUUCGGAGGAGGUGGUUAAUCUCGAUAAAGAUAUCGAAAGGCUCUCGCAACAGAUCAUGAUACUCACACCUCUUUUGCGUAAAGCAGAACUCACACACAACGUCACCGAACUAAAGAUUUUGAAGAAAGCCAAGCUUGGUUUAGAAAGAGAAAUCGACUCCAAAGAAUUGCAAAAACAGCAAUAUAUGGUACAAGAGAACGAGAACAGUUUGUACGGGAAAUCAAGAGUGCAAAUCCAGUCGUACAUCAGUGGCAGCGAGAAGGGAAAAGAGUAUAUUCUCUAUAUUGUGGAAGUGCAACGGUUUUUGAGCGAUGAUCCAACUGUGCCCUCUGCUGGAUGGGUAGUUGCCAGGCGGUUCUCGCAAUUCCACCAUCUCCAUGUCUAUCUUCGCAAACGGUAUCCGCCAGUUGAAGGGCUCAAAUUCCCCAAAAAGGCAGUUCUGAUGCUCAAGUUCCAGCAGCGCCAGCUCGUGGAAAUGCGGAAGGCUGCGCUAGAAGAGUACUUGUGCCAACUAUUGAAGCUUCCAGACGUUUGUGGAGACCGAGUAUUUCGGUCAUUUUUGUCGUCGGAGAACUUUAGUUUUAGUCGUCGAAAAAAGCCCAGUUUGCUCAAAAGUCUCAGUUCCACCAAAGGUAUACGACCACCACCUAAACAAGCUUCAAAUAAAGGCGCUCCAGUAGCCGGGUCUGCUGUUUCCAAGCUGAUGCAGAACGAACUCAACCAAUACGACAGUCCAAGAGCAUUUGUGAAGCCUAUAUGUGAUUUGCUAAUUGCAAUCUUUGACCUCAAUUCGUCCAAAGGGUGGUUGCGGGGCCGAGCGCUAGUGGUGAUUCUCCAGCAGGGGUUUGGUACCACCAUUGAGAACAUGGUUCGAGACCAGGAAAGAAGCAUUAGGAGCGAAAGCAGGGUUCAUGAUUUGAUCGAAAGUGUGACAAAUAUGCUUUUUCCAAACGGAAAGUUUCGAGAUCCGCCCGCUGUUCGAACCACACAAGAGAAAGCUUUCACGAGGAAAGAAGCCAGGGCGCUUUUCAAAGCUUGGAUGGACAUAACAUGCUCUCGUAUUUUUGGCGGAGGCAGCACCAAUUAUGCCCACAGCCAUCUUUUCGCCAUGCUCCAAAACGACUAUUUAAACCUCCACUUGCUCCUAGUUGUUUUUGAUGAAAUCACCGAUGCUAUCCAAGCGGAAGAAAGUGAGCACUAA